AUGGACAAGCGGAUUCUCUUCGUAUCAUUGUGCGCAUGCGCAGUAGCCUCUGGACUGUACAUUCAAGACCCCGAACCCAAUGUUGAUUGUCAAUUAUCUGAAUGGGGGGAAUACGGGCCGUGCACGAAUGUUGGUGGGUCACAACGACCUGUCUUAAUUCGUAUAAGACGCCGAGAGAUUCUGGUUCGUCCCUCGGGAAAUGGCAACGACUGUACUCCGCGGGAGGAAGUGUCAGGUUGUGGGGCCGACCCUACUACUGCUGAGCCACAAACUGGAUACCCAAACAAUCUCCCAACAUCGGUUCCACCUAAGAAGAAAAAGAAGUGUAGAAAGGGAAAGAAGGGACGUAAAGGAAAAAAAGGUCCCCGAAGAUCAAGCGGGAAGUCCGGAUGCUCCGACUCCGAUAAUGACGAUGAUGAUAAGAAGAGAAGAAGACAAAAUAAGAGGAAAGGAAAGAAACAAGGAUCCGGAUCUGGAAGUGAUAGUGAUGGUUAUUCUGGGAACCAAUCAGAUUAA